GUGAGGACUGGACACGGGCCCUUCGUGGGCACUGCGUGAUGUCAGCCCAAGAGCUCGUGGCCUGCCUCUGCCGGGAGGGAGACCGGCACCUGGCCCUGGGAGAGCCCCCGUUGGCCACCGCCUUCUACCUGGCUGCCUUCAGCUGCCACGCCCCCUCGGCCGUGCGGAGCGUCCGCGCCGCCCUGGCGGAGGCACGGGGGGCGCCGGUGGUGGCCACGCUCGAGGCCUGGUGCCGGGGCGACAGCCAGAUCCCGCCCAUCCACUGGGACGGUAUGGCGGUGGUGUCCCUCACGGGGACCCUGGCCUCCGCGUUCCUGGCCGCCCUCUGCCCGGACCACCCGGCCACGGUCCUGCACUCCCUGGCCGGCCUGCUGGCACACGGGCACCACGAGGAAGUGGUGCGGCGCUGCGGCAGCCUGCUGGAUGCCCACGGCCGGCAGGCCCUGGAGCUACAGCUGACCCGCGCCCUGGCCCGCGUCCUGUCCGGGCUGCAGGCGGACGCGGGCGCGGUCGACUAUCUGCAGGCCUUUGCCUCGAACGCGGACCGGACCGUGGCCUUCGUUCGAACCCACCAGAAGCCCUACCUCCCCGUGCUGAUCGGCACCCUCCAGGACUACAUCUCAGGGUGCCGGGAGGCAGAGGACGGCACCGGCCUGCAGGAGACCGCCUGCCGGGGACUCCUGGCAGCCCUGGACCCCGGGGGCAGCCGGAGCCACGCCCUGUCACCGGAAGCCCUGCUGCGCAGCGGCAGGUAUGAGGACUGCCGGGCAGCGUGCAGCCGGGCCCUGGAGUCUGACCUGGUGGGCAGCGGCCCCCAAGGUGAGCGUCUGGCCGCCCUGCUGGUCACCCGCGCGGCCGCGGCCUUAUUCCUGGACGGUGGGGCCCGGGACCUGCUUCGGGACCUGCACGAGGCCUUCCGCCAGAGCCCCUCGGGGGCGCGGAGGCAGUUCGAGGCGGUGCUCUCCGCUGGGGACCGAGAGCGCGUGCGGGCCCGGGCGCAGGAGGCGGCGGAUGCGGGCUUCGCCCACUUCCAGGAGGCCGUGCGGGGCCGCGCUGAGCUCCGCGAAAACUCGGGCCGCGAGCUGCUGGCCCCGGUGACCCGCGCGCUCCGUGUCCUGCUGCGCAUUGCGCCGCCCGGGGAGCGCCCGGCCCUGGGCGCUCGCUUGGCCGAGUGCCUCCUGCUGGCCGGGGACACGACGGGCUCCCGGACGCUGUGCGAGCGCUGGCUGCGGCCUGCGCGCCCCGGGGACCGCGCGGACCGCGCCGGGGACCGAGCGCCCCUGUUGGCGCUGCGGGGCUUCUGCGCGCUGCACGCCGGCGACGCGCGGCGCGCCCGGGAGGACUUCCAGGAGGUGGUGGAGCACGGCACACCGCACCUGGGCAGCUGCGUGCGCGCGCUGUGCGGCCGAGGGCUGCUGCGCGUGCUGACGGGUAGCGCGUUCCUGGGCGCGCUGGACUAUGUCACCGCCAGCCGGCUGCAACCCGAGGAGGCCUUGCUCGUCGCCAAGGCCUAUGUACCCUGGAACCAGCGGGGCCUGCUGCUGACCGUGCUGCGGGAGGAGGGCCGCAAGAUGCUGCAGCGGAGGCCAGACCCGGGACACAUGGGCGCACCGGGCCGCCGGAGGAAGGCCGCCGAGAUGCACAGCCCCGCCGCGCAGGAAGGCGAUGCCCACGGCGUGUACCAGCUGGCCAUGCUCCUCACGGAGCUGGACAGGGGAGACGAGGCUUCGGGCCUCCUGGGGGCCGAUGCCCUGUACCUCCUGGGCCGCCUGGACGACGCCCACAAGACCCUGCUGGUGGCCCUCUCCCAGAGGCCCCGGGCGGCCCCCGUGCUGGCAAGACUGGCCUUGCUGCAGCUGAGGAGGGGGUUUUUCCAUGACGCCCACCAGCUGGUGAAGAAAGUGGUCCAGUCCGGGGACACGGCCUGCCUCCAGCCCACCCUGGACGUCUUCAGCCACGAGGACCGGCAGCUGCUGCGGGGUCACUGCCACGCUCGGGCCCUGGCCAUCCUGCGGGCGCGGCCCAGCGGGGCCGAGGGCACGGCCCACACCAGGGAGGCCAUCGCCUACCUCUCUCUGGCCAUCUUCGCUGCAGGGAGUCAAGCAGUUGAGUCCCUGCUCAUCCGGGCCCACUGUUAUGGGCUCCUGGGCCAGAAGAAGACCGCCAUGUUUGAUUUCAAUUCAGUGCUGCGGGCUGAGCCGAAGAACGUGCAGGCUCUGUGCGGUCGGGCACUUCUGGCCCUGGCCCUGGACCGGCAGAAGGAGGCCGUGGACGACAUCCUCUUGGCUCUGAAGCUUGAUGCGAGGACAGCGGUCCCUGAGAUCCGCUCUCUGAAGCCAGAGGCCCAGGCCCUCGUCACCCGGGGCCUCUCCUCCCGCUGCCGGACCCUCCUGAGCCAGGCAUCGGACGCCGGGGCCCCCCUCAGCGACGAGGACGCCCAGGGCCUCAUUGCGGCCGGGGAGGCGCUGGUCGAAAUCGAUGGCGGGCAGCCGGGCUGGUACAUCCUGCUGGCGGACGUGCUCACGGCAGCGGGCAGCUACGAGGAGGCUGGCGCCUGCCUGCAGAAAGCCCCGCAGGCCACCCCCCUGUCGGCGGCGGCCCGGGCCCGGUGGGGCCUGCUCCAGCUCAAGAAGGGAGACGUGCCAGCCGCCGCGCGGGAUCUUCAGUGCCUGGCAGAGGCGGACGCCCAGGAACUCAGCUUCCUGCUGCAACUCCUAGAGGCCUCGGAGCGGCAGAGCCUCACCCAGGCUGCAGCCCGGGAAGCCCACGCCCUCCUGAACUCAGGGCAGCCGGGGCGAGCGCUGGGCUACUGCUCGCUGGCCGUCCUCGCAGGUAGCAGCGAUGCCCGCCACCUGCGCCUGAGGGCCACCUGUCUGGCUGAGCUGCAGGAGUUUGAGCGGGCACUUGAGGACCUGGACCGUGUGCUCCGGGAGGAUGGGAGGGACGGUGGCCUCCCGACGCAGGUGGAGGACUUGUGCUCCCGGGGACGCCUGCUGCUGAGCCUGGGAGAUGAGGCCAGGGCCACGGGCGCCUUCACCCGGGCCCUCGAGCUGGCGCCCGCGCUGGCCCAGAGCAGCCUGUGGGAGCGGCCGGGCCGGGACCCCACUGCCCAAGUGUUCCUGCAUCAGGGCCAGACCUUGAUGGAGGAGCAGCGCUAUGCAGAGGCCUGGACGGCCGCGGAGAAUGGCCUCCUGGUAGACCCUGAGCACAGCGGCCUGAAGAGGCUGAAGGCGAGGGUCCGGAGGGAGGCCUCCUUGGGCUGCCGGCUCCACUGACCCCGUGCUCUCCGGGCCCGGGGCACGGGUCGCCCUGUCGCCCCCCCCCCCGCCUGGGGCUCCUGAGCAGCAAGAUACUGUGGGCCUCACCCAUGCCGAUCAGACUCAGCUGGGAAGUGAGAGUCCACAGGAUCACCACGUUUCAGGUUAGCGAGAAGACGUUGGCGAUAGCGCGUGGAUAGUAUUACGUCAUCGCCAGAUGACAAAG